AUGGCGGCACAGGAGAGCGGCAAGAGUGCAGGAGUGCGCCGCUUCCUUGGAAUCCAGCAGAGGCCGUCGGGCCGGUGGGUGGCCGAGAUCAAGGACUCGGUGCAGCGCGUACGCCUGUCGCUGCGCACCUUCGACACCGUCGAGGACGCAGCAUGCGCCUGCCACAAGGCGGCACGCCGCACCAACUUCGCUGCACGGCACGGCGCCGCAGCCAGGCUGAGCGGGAGGAGGCGCCGCCGCCGUCGGUAA